UUGCGGGUUCUGUCCCCAGAUGGCGGGCCGUGUUGUUGUGAACAGCUGAUGCAGACGAAGUAAUACCCGGGCCUUGCUAUUAUGUAAUAUUUGGAGUUUUUGAACAUUUUACUCUUAUCUUUUGUGUUCAUUUAACUAAAUAUGAAGAUGCACCACAGAUGUGUCAGUUUCAAGAAAAUCCACGAUAUCCCAAAUAUUGCGUAAGGCAGGCCUACUUAAUUACUGUAAUAAAUUGGGUCAUGUGGAUGACCUGACAAAGAUAUAAUAAUGACCUCAUUGAUCUGUAGAACAGAAGUUAAAGGUGCACUGAACAGCUUUGCAAGAAACAGCUUUAAGCGUGUACUUCUUGAAAACAGUAGACCUACCCUUGUGGGUGGGAUAGGCCUACAUCCCGGGACCCCAAACCAACAGAAAGCAUGGAUCUCAAGCAUCCCUAAGAAGAGAAGUUACUAUGAAACUCUACAGAUCACUCCAAAGGCUACGCAAUCUCAGGUAAAGAAAGCCUACUACAAACUCUCCAAGACGUAUCACCCUGAUCAGUAUAGAGGGAAUGAAGAUGCUGCCCUUAAGUUCCGAGAGAUCACAGAAGCCUAUGAGAUCUUGGGCAACCUCAAGAAGCGCAGGAUGUAUGACAAAGGCCUACUGAAUAUGAACGUUGCUGUGUCACCAGCCGAAGCAGAAGAAUAUUCAUCUAAAUUCUAUGAAUCCCGGAGCAAGCGAGGGAAAGCCCCAACAGCAACUGGACGAACGCCAAUAUAUGACUUCGAUGAGUGGUCCAAACUCCAUUAUGAAAGCAGCUUUGCACGAAGAGAGAAUGCUAAGGUGCGCUAUGAGAGGAUGCAGAAGUCACGGACAGAUAUUGUUGAGGAGAAAAAGGCAGAGUCUGUCGUCUAUAUAUUAAUUGUGGCCAUUGUGCUCUAUUGUAUUAAAGUUUCAUUCUCAUCCACUUCAGAUCAUGAUAAAGUAAAAGAGAAAUAGCUAAAAUUUUCUUUGUUGUUGAAGUUGAACUCAGCAAAAUGUGACUUUAAAUGAAUAUAGUUCUUAUACAGAAAAUUUACAAGUAUAAGUUUGAUUGCAUCAAAAAUGUUUGUAACUUGGAACUUAUGAUGAGUAUAAAAAAAAAUAGGGAGAGUUAUUUAUCAGAAUAUUUAUUUUAUACGCCUUCAGAGAUCGGAGAUGCAUAGUUUUCUGUGCAGACUUGUAAAUAUAUAAAGUGCUAUAUUAAUAGCAUACUCGUAAUAUACAUAAAUAAAGAAACAAGCAUAA